AGUCCUCCUACUCCACACACACCCUCGCUGCACAUGCAUCGAGUGGAACAGAUCCACAGAGCUGCACAGUAGUGAGGCAGCGGUGUGUGAUUGAGAAAGGGGGAGGUGGAGAGAGAGAGAGAGAGAGAGAGAGAGAGAGAGCGUUUACUCUCCCUCCCAUCAGCUUAAGGAAAGCACCAGUGUGGAGAAGUUGCAUGAACGAGUGGUCUCGACUGAGGACUUUCUUAUCGGACCAUGGAAGCCAAGAAGUGGAGGUAGAAGCAGAAGAGAGAGAGGAAAAAAAGCUUCCUGCUGACUGAACUGGACAUCCAAGGGUUUUAAUUGGACACUUCAUGUAUGAGCUCUUGUCAUGGUGGCUUUCUACACGGUCAUCUCUUGUUGACAGGAGCCUCUCUGUGUUUUGGAUUUCCCACGGAUCAAAGUUUGUUUUCUGAGUGUGUGAAUGAAGUGUGCGGAAGCAGGAAACAUGUCAAACAGACAUUUCAGUCACCUGUUGAGUGGAGUCUGGCUGCUGUGGCUCUGGCAAGCUGUGUCUGUGGUAGGAACAGGGAGUAAACUAUGGGAGGUGCCCACAGGUCGCUUCACCUCCAACCUCAGUGAGAGCCUGCAGUGGGAGCCACGCUGUCAGCAUCAACGCCUGCAGGACAGCGUGAGAAUCACAGCAGACAUUCCCCCGAGACUGGACGGCACUUGGGUGUCAACAAGAUGUGAAGUUCGGCCCGGUCCAGAGUUCCUCACCCGCUCCUACACCUUCCAUCCCAGCCGUCACUUCCAGGCCCUGCAGCACUACUACACUGACAGCGGCUGCGAGGACCCGGCCUACUCCCUGAUCAUCAGGGGGAGGAUUCGACUGCGCCAGGCCUCCUGGAUCACCCGCGGGGGCACUGAAGCUGAACACCACCUCAGCAAGGUGGGCAUCGUUGUCCACAGCCUGGCAGCCAAGCAGAGGCUGACCUCCAGGCUUCCUCCGACCUGCGUGGGUCUGCGCCUGGGUGGAGCAGUGCCAGGGAAGCUGUAUGAGCUGUACAACACCCGGGCAGGGAGGGGAUGUCUGGCAGCCCUGGGCUUCUCCAUGAUGGAGAUGAGUCUGGUAAGGGUGGAGACGCAGCACCACAACCAUGGAGGGAAGGUCCAGGAGCUGUUCUUGGGGGACAUCCACACUGACUGGACCCAGAGAACUCAAUACAGACCCACUGGGUACCAGCAGCCCCUGCAGAACGCUAUGCAUCACAUCCACCCCUGCUCCGUGUGUGCGUUGGUGUACCGCUCCUCAGAGCAGCGCCCCCCAGUGUUGCCCCACAGGCCUGCAGCUCCUCUGGCUCUGGACGGCCGCUGGGUCAGCCAGCGCUGCGAAACCCGUCCUACUGUCCUCUUCCUCACCCGAGACUUCACCUUCGCUCCCGAUCAACACGCCUGGGAGGGGCUCUACCGACACUACUCUGACCCUGCCUGCUCUCAGCCCACUUUCUCCCUCAGAGCUUCAGGCCACUACGCUCAGGGAAACCCGUCUGUCAAACUCUCAGGUGCCUCUGAGUUUGUCUUCAAGGUAACCCAGGUGAGCGUCACGGCCAUGGACGAGCCCACGGCCAAGCUGCUGAACAGCACGAGGCGAGGAAAGUGCGGUCAAGCGGGAGGCUGGGAGGUCGGCGUGGAGCAGGACUUGACCCCCACAGACGGGUGCACCGUGUUGGGCAUCAAGCUGCCACAUAAGGAGUACGAGCUCUUCAAGACAGAGCUGGAUCACAGGAAACACCCGUUGCUGUUCGUCGGCGAGAGACCAACUGACGGGUCCAGUCCUGAUCGACCAACGAAGCGGCCCACUUCCUUUCAGGCUCCCAUGAUGCUUUGCAGUGGGGGUGGCACACAGCCAUCCCGCUUAGGUUUUAACAGCAGACAAGUACAGUUAGCAACCAGUGGGACAGUGAGGCUGGCACAGCUGGCGCUCCUGGUGUUUGGAUCUGCCCUCUGCAGCUGGCUCUGUGUUUAUUAGAGACAUUGUUCACAACUCAGACCUGUUCCACAGCUGAAAUCUGUGACGGACGUUAUUUCCUGGCAGCUUUCUUUCACUCUCCUUCCAUAUGAUCAUGACCACAUGUGAGAUGGUCAAAAAAAAUGAUGAGACAUUCAGGAGGGCUGAAAGCUUUUUUAUGUCUGGCUUUCAGAUGCUGCCUGUAGUGUCACUUUAAUGACUCAUUUCAGCUUGUUUUAUACCUAAAGCUAAUCUGUAUAUAUAUAAAAAAGAAGCAUACAAGUGCCAUCAUUUCAAUAUGUAGAAAUAUAUUCUUUUAAACAUUUGUAUACUGAUCAAACAGAUAGAUCCCUUUAUCAUAUUAUCGAAUAAGUGCCAUUAUCACAAAGAAAGAUGAGAGUGUUGAAAUGUGGAGCAGUUUAUUUCAACAUUAAAAUAUAAGCCAUGGACAUUUCGGUGGACUUUACAGCAAGAUGCAGUAUAACUAAUGCACUUUGUACAGAACAAAUUUUAUCCCCAUACUGGAGAGAAAUGAAGCCAGAAAUUAGAAAAUGUGUAAACAGCUGCAUUUAUUAUCGGUCUAAUGCCACUGUGUUGUGAAAUGUCGUUUUAUCUCUAUGCUCUUUCUAAGCUUGUGCAUUAGUCUGCUCUUCUGUCAGCAGUCAGUCUAAACAAAUCAAAUAAUAUUUAUUUUAACCAUUUAUACUGUACUUUUUCCAUAAAAAGAUUUUUGUCCAGUUAGUUUUGUCAGUUAAGAUUUUCUAUGUCUAUUAAAGUGGCUUUUUAAUAACA